GCCCAGACAGUCAGUACACAAAAACAGCCCAGGAGAUUGUAAACAUCUGUUACCAGACUUUAGCUGAGUAUGAUGAGCACCUGACCCAACUUGAGAGAGACAUCUCUACUGCUAAGGAAGCAGCACUAGAGGAGGCAGAUCUGGAAAGCCUUGAUCCUAUGACCCCUGGUCCCUACACUCCACAGAUGCGCCAGGGGCGAGGUAGGCUGGGCGAGGAAGACUCUGACGUAGAUAUUGAAGGGUUUGAUGAGGAUGAUGAUGGGAAACCUAAGACUCCAGCCCCAGAAGUUGAAGAUGCAGAUGGUGACCUUGCUGAUGAAGAAGAAGGAUCAGCUCAGCAGCCCCAGGCCAGUGUCCUCUAUGAAGAUCUGCUCAUGUCUGAUGGAGAGGAUGAUGAUGAUGGCAGUGAUGAAGAGGGAGAUAAUCCUUUCUCAUCUAUCCAACUGAGUGAGAGUGGCAGUGACUCUGAUAUAGAGCCUAAUGCAAUGAGACCUAAACAACCUCAUGUUCUUCAAGAGAACACACGAAUGGGCAUGGACAAUGAAGAAAGCAUGAUGUCUUAUGAAGGAGAUGGUGGGGAGACAUCUCAUGUUAUGGAGGACAGUAAUAUCAGUUAUGGCAGCUAUGAAGAACCAGACCCAAAAUGCAACACAAGAGAUACAAGUUUCAGCAGUAUUGGAGGGUAUGAGAUCUCAGAAGAGGAGGAAGAGGAAGAACAGCAGCGCUGUGGCCCUAGUGUAUUGAGUCAGGUCCAUCUGUCUGAGGAUGAAGAAGACAGCGAGGACUUCCAUUCCAUGGCAGGAGACAGUGACCUGGACUCAGAUGAAUGA